CGCCCCCUCCUGCAGCCGCACUUCCACACACCUCACAUCACGUAAAUACAUUUGCUUCCUUGUAGAAACAAUCAGUACCGUGAGCCACUGUACUGGAGAGUUGAAGCCGUCUCUCGAGGUUUUGUUCAGGCGAACACGAUGGGGAAAAUAGAGUGGGCGAUGUGGGCAAAUGAGCAGGCACUGGCCUCGGGAUUUAUAUACCUCACUGGAGGCAUUGUUGGAGUCGCUGGACAGUUCAGAGGCUGGCAGUUUGCUGCUUACGCUGUUGCUGCUGGCGUGUUUGUGUGCCUACUGGAGUAUCCCAGAAGCAAGAGGUCCAAAGGCACGAGUGUGGCGAGAUCAGGCCAGUACUGCUUCACCGUGGUCGUCAAAGCCUUUGGGCCACUGACAAAGAACUAUUAUUUCAGAGCAUUUCUACAUGCUGCUCUCUGUGUACCUGGAGGUUUCAUGCUUGCUACCGUCCUAGGAUGCGUCUGCCUCGGCAUCGCCAGCAUCAUCUACCUUGUGGCCGCUAUUCGAGGUGAACACUGGGAGCCCAUUCUACCAAGAAAGGAAACCUAUAAGCCAACUGGUGGGAGCAUCAAUAAACCUCCUGAGAAUCCCCCACCUAGACCUCCUCCAGAGAUGCGCAGGAAACGGGUAGAAGACCUGGAGGGAGCAGCCUACGACAACGCCAUCGAUGUUACUGCUGAUGAAUAACCGGUCCAGUACCUCUUUUCUCUCUAUCUAAUCCCCCACCUGCCUGAUCUUGGUACAGCUAAAACCAACAAAACCAGUCAGCUGUCACUUUACACUGGGGCUCCGGACAAAUGAAGAGUUUUCUGAAGUUUACUGAAGCUAGUGGCUCGAUCAAAAUGUUGGGUCCACACCAUCAGACCUCAGCCGGCAGAGAGAUACCUUGAAAACAUGAAGACGAUUCUUAGUAAUGGCUGUAAGGUCAAAGAAGAAUAGGUAAAGCUAUAGUACUAUUUUAUUUUUUAAAGAGAAAGUGAUGCCAAAGGAGGAUAUGUGGUAUUGGUAUUGUUCCAAAGCUGUUAUAAAAGUAGUUUUCUACCACCAUAUUUGUUUACCCACGUUCUAUCAAUUUAAUUUAGUUGACAUAUUUUACAAUCAACUGUAGUCCAUACCUGCAUUGUUCUUACUCUCUGUGUACAUGUGUAUUACUUGGAGUCGACGGAUCACAGUACUGUAGAUUUACAUAAAUUCAUGGCAUCACGUAUGUGGCUGUUUGUAGCCAUUUUUCCCUGUACUUCUGUGUCUUGUAAAUAAAUCUUAUUUGCUCCUUGAA